AUGGCAACCCCAGAUGUCGCCCCUCAUUUUGGGGCAGAACUGAAGGAUGCCUUCAAACCAGUCAACAAUUGGGUUUCCCAUGGCAUCGGGUGGUUGGAUGAGAUACAACAGUUCUACCGAGAGCGCAGUGUUAUCGAGAAGGAAUAUGCGGCCAAAAUGACGGCGCUGUGCAGAAAGUACAACGACCGCAAGGCGAAGAAGAUCAGCACGCUGAGUGUAGGAGAUACUCCAAGUAUGACCCCGGGCUCGCUCGAAAGCGCCUCGCUCACGACAUGGACGACGCAAUUGACUGCGAUCGAGGCGCACGCCGCCGAACGCGACCAAUUCGGCACGGAUCUGGUGGUCCAAAUAGCGGAGCCGCUCAAACAAGCCGCAGCGCAAUACGAGGAACUGCGGAAGUGCCACGUCGACUUUCAUGCCAAAUUGGAGAAGGAAAGGGACUCUUCUUACAGCGAGCUUAAGAAGGUCAAGGGGAAAUAUGACGGUGCAUGUCAGGAGGUGGAAGCGCGACGGAAGAAAAUGGAGAGCUCGUUUGACCACAGCAAGUCCAAGGCCCAAGCGGCCUAUCAGCAGCAGAUUCUGGAAAUGAACAACGUCAAGAACACCUACCUCAUCAGCAUCAACGUGACGAACAAGCUCAAGGAGCGCUUUUACCACGAAUAUGUUCCCGAGCUACUCGAUGGGCUGCAAGACCUCAACGAAACCCGUGUAGCGAAGCUGAAUUCAAUCUGGGCGCAGGCAGCUCAGUUGGACAAGAAUUACCUGACCAAAAGUGUGGAGCACAUGUCCAAUCUCCUGCACGAGAUCCCCCGCAACCUCCCUCAUCUCGACUCGCUCAUGUUCUUGCGCCACAACACCACCCCUCUUCAAGAACCCGCCAAUGUAGGCUUCGAGCCCAGCCCGGUCUGGCACGAUGACGAAGCCCUCAUAACCGACGAGACCGCCAAGGUCUUCCUGCGCAAUCUUCUCAGCAAGAGCAAGACACAGGUGCGCGAUCUGCGAGUGGAGACCGAUCAGAAGCGACGAGAGGUAGAGGCGGCCAAGAAGGUACGCGAAGCGAUCCAGCAGGGCAGGGACAAACGGAGCGAGGUGGAAGUAGUCCGGUCCAUCUUCUUCCUGCAAGAGACGUUGCAUGAGCUUGACCGCAAACGCCUGACGGCCGAAGUUGAGACAUCAACCAUCAUGUCCGUGGUAGGCGACCUGUCGCUGGGGGCGCGCAAUCACAAUUUCAAGUCGCAGACAUUCAAGAUCCCCACCAACUGCGACCUUUGCGGUGAGCGCAUCUGGGGUCUAUCAGCCAAGGGCUUCGACUGCCGCGACUGCGGUUAUACGUGCCACAGCAAGUGCGAGAUGAAGGUGCCGGCAGAAUGUCCGGGCGAGCAGACCAAGGAGGAGAAGAAGAAGCUCAAAGCCGAGCGACAGGAGCUGGCCAACUCGACCCCGACUCUCGACCUGGAGCCGUCAUCAUCCAGCGGUCCAACGGGGGCGCCCUCGCUCACACGCAAAGACACCAUGAACUCACUCAGUUCCGGUUACGCCGUCAGUGCCAACCGCUCCUUAUCCACCGCCACCAGUCUCUCCCCGUCUACAGCCGAGUUACCUGCAUCAACCCCAACACCACCAGCUACAGAGACCAAACCCGCUGCCGCGGCCGCCUCCAAGCGGAACCGCAUCCUUGCGCCACCGCCGGCGCAAUACAUUAACAGUCCUCCAUCCACCCCGACCCUCAGUUCCAAACCGGCUUCUUCCGAACCCCGCGGGAAGAUGCUGUAUCCGUAUCAAGCACAGGGCGAUGACGAAGUCACCGUCCAAGAAGGGGACGAUAUCGUUAUUGUAGAGCCAGAUGACGGAUCUGGCUGGCUUCGCGUGCGAACCCCGGCAACCGGAAACGAAGGCCUCGUCCCGGCCUCCUACGUCGAAGCCCUUCCGAUGGAACGCCCAGCAUCAACUUACUCAACCAACUCCUCGGCCUCGGCCUCGGCCUCUACCUUGCCAGCAGGCGGCAGCAAACGCAUCGGCCCCGCCGUGGCGCCGCGCCGGGGGGCCAAGAAAUUGGCCUACGUGGAAGCGUUGUACGACUACGAGGCCCGCAGCGACAUGGAAUGGAGUAUGAGCGAGGGGGACCGGUUCGUGCUGGUGAACCGGGAUAGCGGGGAUGGGUGGGCGGAUGUGGAGCGGGGGGGCGUGACGAAGAGCGUGCCGGCGAACUAUAUUCAGGAUGUUUAG